GCUGUGGUCCUCGUCAGUCUCGCGUUCAGCGCGUGUGGAGAAACAGCUGCUCCGCUCGUUUCCUCGAGGAGUGAUGUGAUUGAUUCAGCUCUUCUUCAGGAGGAACCGACACUUCGAGAGGAGACACGACAGACAGUAGGAGAACGGAACCGGACCGAUACUGUCCGAACAGUCCCUGCGCGCGGAGCGAUGGAAUCCUCAGCUCGGCGCUCGCGAGGAAACACAGCAUCACCUCCAGCGGGAAGCAGCAGCGCAGCAUCUGAUCGUCAUUAUAGAUAAGCUGCUGGCUGAGAUCUGCUUCUCUCACGCCGCAAAAUUACAGUGAGUCACGUGAAGAUGUGCUGUGGUCCGGUGGCUUUGCCUCAUCCUUGAGCUCCUCCAGCUUGAGUUUGUGAAACUCCUUCAACACUGACCGCUGACGAUCUUCCUCUUUAUCUCUUCUCGUGCUCUCCAUGGCUAAUCUUCUGAGCUGUGUUUUGUUCCUGUCACUCCGGACGUAUGCCGCCCCGCCGGAGUACAUCCAAGUGUGGCCCGGUGGCUCGACACCAACCCCGGGAGAUCUGGACAACGGUACGGUUGGCCCCUCUUUAGUUCCCCCUCCAGGAACAAGCAAACACGCUCCGCACAGCAUCAUCAUCGGCGUGCGGAAAGGAGGCACCAGAGCGUUGCUGGAAAUGCUGGAUAUCCACCCAGAAGUAGCAGCGGCCGCCACUGAAGUCCACUUCUUCGACUGGGACGAGAACUACGCCAAAGGCUUCGAAUGGUACCGGGACCAAAUGCCCUAUUCGUACCCAAAUCAGAUCACCAUUGAAAAGACACCGGGGUAUUUCACGUCUCCGGUGGCGCCUGCACGGAUCCACGCCAUGAACUCUUCCAUCAGACUCUUGCUGAUCUUGAGAGACCCGACGGAGAGAGUCAUAUCGGACUAUACGCAAGUCUACUUCAACCGCUUGGAGAACCACAAACCCGUACAAGCCAUCGAGAACAUGUUAGUCAAGAACGGCGCUCUAAACACACGCUACAAAGCCAUCCAGCGCAGUUUUUACGACGUCCACAUGAGGAACUGGCUUCAGCACUUUCCUCUGGAGCAGAUCCACAUUGUGGACGGGGAUACGCUGAUCCACGAUCCCUUACCGGAGCUCCAGCGAGUCGAACGCUUCUUGCAUCUGCCGCCACGGAUCGUGGCGUCCAACUUCUAUUUUAACCAGACCAAAGGCUUCUACUGCAUUCGCAGCGAUGGCCAUGAGCGAUGCCUGCACGAGUCCAAAGGACGGCCGCAUCCACCCGUUAACAGCACUGUUCUGCGACAGCUGCGCUCGUAUUUGCGCCAACACAAUCGGAACUUCUUUCAGCUCAUUGGACGUACUUUUAACUGGCAGUAGUGGGAGGGGCUGGAAUUAGCCAAUCACAGUCUAAAUGGGGGGCUGAUUGACAGCUGAUGCACCGAACAAACCACUCCCCCAUGGACACGCCUCUUAAAGGGCCAGUUCACCCCAAAAUGAAAAUUCUGUCAUUAAUUACUCACGCCGCUGUCGUUCAAACAUUAUGUCGCUCAUCAACGCUGUCGUGAGCCUUAACAUUAUCAACUUAAUCAGUUUUGUUUACGCAUCGGGGAAAAAUAUGUUUGGGUUGUGAUACUCUCCAAAAUAGUUUAAGAUGUAACUCGUAGGAGAAAGAUUAUUUAAUAAAGCCAUUAUUUUUGUUUUAUUUGCACACAAAAUGUAGCUUCGCAAAAUUGAAGUUGAGCCACUGAUGUCACAUGGACUGUUUUACCGAUGGGUCUGGGAACAUAACGGUUGUGUUGCUCUCUAUGCAGGGUCUCAGACCUCUCAGAAAUAUAUUAAUUCAUGUUCUGAAGAUAAACGAAGGUCUUACGGGUUUGGAACGACAUGAGGGUGAGUAAUUAAUGACGGAAUUUUCAUUUCGGGGUGAACUAAACUUUUAAAUGCCUUUGAGCUGCUAUUAAAGGGAUAGUGCACCUAAAGGUUAUACAAGAUGUAUGUAAGUUUUUUCUCCGGCAGAACAGUGUAGAACAGAAAGUGGGAUUCUUGGUGAUUCAUAUAAUGCAAGUCAAUGGCUACUGACACUUUAAGAGUCAAAAAAAUAAAAGCAUAUACAGGCAACACGAAAUUAACCCCCGUGGCUCCUGAUGAUAUAUUGAGGUCUCAUGAAGUGAAAUGAUCAGUCUGUGCAAGUAACUGAACAUUACUUACAACAUUAUUACCUGUAAUCCAGAGCCUCAGGCAAAUGGGGAAAUACGUUUAUGAACUAACAGUUUGUUUCAGUGAACUGUUUCAAUUCACUAGUUUGUUUAUAUAAUCACAUAAUGAUGUAACACAUGUGAAAUCAUGUUAUUAAAGCAUGAUGUGAAACAUGGAUGUUUUACAAAUUUCUAAGAAUGACAUCGCUCUGGACUGUUUGCCUGAGGCUCUGGAUUAAAUGUGAUAAUGUUUUAAAUAAUGUUUAGUUUCUUGCACCGACUGAUCAUUUCGCUUCAUAAGACCUCAAUAUAACAACAGGGAUUCAUUUAGCUUGGCCUUUGUGUGCUUUUUUGACUCUUAAAGUGCUGGUAACCAUCAACCAAGCGAAAAAUCUUCUUUACUGUUUUACUGAAGAAAGUAAGUGACUUAACAGCACAUUUUAAUUAUUGAGAUAACUAUCCCUUUAAGAUUUCAGAACGAUCAUGUUUUCAAUCUGAAAUGGUAAGGAAUAUGAUAUUAAAACUCAACUUCGGGGGAAGAUCUUCGCUGUCAAGUGUAUUUGUCGUAACAAGGUUACCCGAGACAAAUCUGAGUCUUUUUUUCCCCUCUUUCUCUCUGUUUGUUUGAUAUUCUUGUACUUGAUAAUAAA